AUGUGUGUUGCUCGAUGCUCUCACUGUAUUGGUCUGUCCCUCGUCCCGCUGGCUGUGGUGUGCAUGCUGGCAAACACACUGCUGCUCUUCCCCAACCUGCAAAUACGUUACCUGGCAGAGCGUCAUGUGACCAGAGAGGCGGCACUGUGUACAGGAUUCUGGGCAAAUGGUUUUCUGGUGCUUGUGGCUGCUCGUGGGUAUGUGUCAAGCGCACAAAAGACAAAUAGCUGCAGUUUCAGGAUGGAGAUGAUGUGUCAGAUCGCUUACUCCAGUGUUGCCAUGGCAGCAGCUGGUUUCAGCGCCUUAGUGAGCGGCGCGGGGCUUUCCAACGGGCCCCACUGCCUGCAUAACUCCACUGGCUGUCCGGAAUGGGGACGGGUACCCGUGUGCAACCUUGCAAGCCGCCUAUAUGAGUCAAAACUCUGUGCCUCCGCAUGUAUGGAGCCAUAUGGUGUGGUGCUGUGGAACACGGUGCUCUUCUUUAUUCUCCUGGCAGCCAGUGGACUGCAGGUCUUUCUCUGUGCGCUACAAACGCUCAAUGCCUUCCUGGGGAUGAUCUUUGGCCCUGGCUUUCGCAACAACAAAGUUGCUCCAGCCCCAAUAGAGGUUGUCAUUUGAAGUUUGUGUAACUUGAAGGACUGACUCAUCAUCGCUGCUGGUGUAAAAAAGCAGCAAAGUGUCAUUCAGCGAAGUCAUCAGGCAUGACUCCUACCAUUUAUGGUCAGAACCAGAAAAAAAAAAACCACAACCUCUAGAGCAGAUGGCGGUCUAGAUUGGAUUCACGUGGAUUUCUUGUGGUCUGAGGCACUUGGUUGUCACACGGGCUAAAAAUAUAACACCCAAAUCAAGACUAAAGAUGUAGAAUGUGAUGAUACAACAGAUCUCAACAUGCAUCUCUCUAACGCAUUAUAGGAAAAGAGGCUAAGCAAGAAAAGAUGAGAAUUACAUCACGAUUGUGCAAUAUCUUUAUAUAGGGAGAAGUGAGUCAGAAGAGUAUAGUGUUAAAUAUUGAGGUCAUGAUGAAAUCGUUAACACUUAUGUAUUUGUUUUGCAUUCUCAUCUUUUCACUCUUGAAUGCUUCUCAGCCCAAUCCUACACUAUAACUUAUCACAAAAUGUUUCGUUCAUUCUUUAUUUCUCGUAGUUUUCUUCUUUGAAGUCUUUAUUAUUUAUUAUAGAAGCAAAUGUCAAAGUGUUGACUUGGUUGUGAGAUGGUUGUAAAAUAUUUAUGUGAUUCAUUUUGUUUUCACUCUAAAUGUGAUCGAACUUGAAGCUUAACAUAUUUCUUAUUUAUUGUAUAUGUUUGUGUAGUUCUUCAGAUGUUUCAGUAUUUUUGCAUUUGUUUUUCUCAACAUGCAGUGGACAUAUUGUAAUAAUCUUGUUAUAUGAUAGCUUAUAGCAGAGUGUGUUGUGAAUGAA